CUAUCUGUGACGUAGUCGGAGGCAUUUCGAGGCUGAGCCAAACGCACUUCCGGUUGUCAUUCAACGAGCCAGCACUGUGCAUCACCCCGGCUCUAACACAGGGGCUGAAUUCUGUGACCAGACACCAUGACGCUGUUUCACUUCGGGAACUGCUUUGCCCUGGCCUAUUUCCCUUACUUUAUAACAUACAAGUGCAGUGGCCUUUCAGAGUACAAUGCCUUCUGGAGAUGUGUCCAGGCUGGAGCAACGUACUUGUUUGUCCAACUUUGUAAAAUGCUGUUCCUCGCUACAUUUUUCCCCACAUGGGAAGGAGGAGCUGGAGUUUAUGAUUUCGUAGGGGAAUUCAUGAAGUCGACAGUGGACAUGGCAGACCUGUUGGGUCUCCAUCUGGUGAUGUCCCGUAAUGCUGGCAAAGGAGAGUACAAGAUCAUGGUGGCGGCCAUGGGCUGGGCGACAGCGGAACUUGUGAUGUCCAGGUGUCUUCCUCUGUGGGUGGGAGCCAGAGGGAUUGAGUUUGACUGGAAGUACAUCCAGAUGAGCUUUGACUCUAACAUUAGUUUGGUCCAUUAUAUCGCCAUGGCAGCAGUGGUGUGGAUGUUCACACGGUACGACCUCCCUAAGAGCUUCAGGCUUCCUGUUACUGUGCUGCUGGCUCUGUGUGUCUACAAGGCCUUCCUCAUGGAGCUGUUUGUCAACAUCUUCCUGCUGGGCAGUUGGACCGUGUUGUUGGUGAAAGCCGUGCUGACGGGGGCCAUCUCUCUCUGCUCUCUGUUUCUCUUUGUCACUCUGGUCCAUAGCAACUAAGUCAAACCCAGUACCCCGGGAUAAGCCUUCAACGGUCUUUUGGGUCCAGACUGGACCCCAGUUGUCAUAACCUAGAAGCUCCUGAGGCCUUUUGUUUUCAGUCAAUGUAUCACCAUACAACACCAAAGACUACUGAAAAAUGCUUGUUGAUAAUGGGUUGCUGAACUGGUCUUGGGUACAAUUCUGGCUAAGCUACCCUACUGGAAAGCUAACCAGUUCUUCAAGAUGUUUAGUCGUCAGUCAGUAAAGACCUGUGAUGGGAAACUGAAGCUUUGCUUGCUUUCAGUCCAACCAGUACACACUGCUGGUUGAGUGAUGACAUCAGAGAGCUUCUGUCACAUGAUUGGCUUUCCAUUGCUGUGUUGAUUUUGUUACACAGGGGCAUUUUGUACCAGGAAGACCACAAAUGAAUUUAUAUAACAUUUCUUUUUUAUGUGUUGUCGAAUGAGCCAUCUUAGAUUAAAUAGUCAAGUGAAUUUAUAAGAAACGAAUGACAGUGAUAGUUCCUCGCGUGGCCACCAAUUUAUGAAUUUAUUUAUAUAUUACUUGUAUUACAAGUAAAUAUUAUGUAGUAGUUCAAACGUAACUAGCAAGAUUUUUUCUAAUUCUUAAAGAAAUUGAUUUCUGUAUUUAUAGUUUAACAAAAAAAUAAACAGUCCUGCAGUUUGAGUGAACUCAGCAUUAUGAUCACAUUUUGUUGAAUUGUGAGUAUCUGUGAUUUUGACAUUUAAGUAAUAAAUGUCUUUUUGUCUUA